GCCGAAUAAAAAGUUACAAAAAAAAAAAGAAUAACAGCUUCGAUUUUUGUUUGGCUGUAUUUUCGUUAUUUUUGUAAUUUGUAUAUGAAUUGUAUUUACAAUGAAAUUAGUAAGGUUCUUGAUGAAGCUGAGUCAUGAGACUGUCACCAUUGAGCUGAAGAAUGGCACGCAAGUCCACGGGACCAUCAUAGGUGUCGACGUGGCGAUGAACACGCACCUGAAGGCGGUGAAGAUGACCAUCAAGAACCGCGAGCCCAUCCAGCUGGAGUCGCUGAGCAUCCGCGGCAACAACAUCCGCUACUACAUCCUGCCUGACUCGCUGCCCUUGGAGACGCUGCUCAUCGACGACACGCCCAAGGCCAAGGCCCGCAAGAAGGAGGCCGCGCGAGGAGCGAGCCGGGGGCGCGGGCGCGGAAGAGCUCGCGGGCGGGGACGCGGCCGCGGCAGAGGCCGGCGCUGAGAGUCCUCACGGCCGACGCCGCGCCGACGAGCCACGUGCUGUCGUCUGUGUGCGCGCGACGCAAGUGUCUUUUAUACAUGAGAAUAAGAACACAUGAACUACUUUUGACAAUUUAUACUUGCAUAGGAAAAUAAUGAUUUAACAGUUCUUUUACAAACUUUUUUUUUUUCUUACAAAAAUAACAAGUUGGGAUAACCUCUUGUCGCCGGUGCGAGCGGCUGGAAUGUUUCAACCCCUGGUCCACAUGACGUAGACGCCGUACGCCAGGAACGCGAAGAAGACGAGUAUCGCUGUUAUCAUGAAGGUCUUGCCGUUCUCCCUGUGCAGGGUGCGCAGCGUGGCCUCGUGCCGCGCCAGCGUGCCCCUCACGGCCGCCAGCUCGCGCUGCACGGCCUCCCUGCAAGCACAGGGCAGUCCUGUUGUUUCUGUGCUCUGUUUUAGUAGGGUUCUACGAGGAAGGCAUUUUCAAGUUAUCUAGUUAAUUCAACACAUUUAAACUUUUUUUUUUUAAUAAAUCCACAAGCUAAAAUCUCAGGGAAGUCAUUUUUAUUUAUAAUAAUUAGUUUACUAUUAAUAAAAUAAGCUACCGUAUAUACCUGUGCAUGGGUUGCACAUUUUAUGCCCAUUUUUAGUUUAAAAAAAAAAUUAGUGUGGUCGUUAUUCUAGUUUUGGUAAAAAUAAUAAUCUAAUAUGAUAUUGGUCAUGAGUGUAAAUAAUGCCCAUGUGGUGGUUUAGAAAAGCUGGGAAGGGAUGCACUGGUAUAAAACAUAGUAGUCUUCUUCUUUGUCUUUUUGUUGGUAGGAGAAUCGUAAGGUAUUGGCCCGAAUAUAAGGCGACCCCGAAUAUAAGGCGACCUGCAGUUUCAGGAGGCCAAACAAAUGUAAAAAUAAUUUUUGGUAUAAAUUAAUGUGAAAAUUCAUUAGACAUACAUUUUGUGUUGAUAAAUUGUUUUUGCAUUUAUGUAUAACAAUUAAUUUAUAUUUAUCACAUUACUUAUUUAAAAUAAGUUUGAAUGGCCUACCCUAAAAGUCAAAAGAAAACAAUUAGAAAAUAUUUACAUUUUUAAGUAUUACACUAGAAAUCUUUUCGUAUGUUUACUCUAAUGAAGCUGCAUAAUUGUCAUCUUCAGAGCUGUUUAUUUGUCUAGGGCUCGUUCCCCGCCGUUCCACCAAUGUGUGAUUGUUCAUUUUUCACAGUUUACUGUAUCUACGAAUUUAAAAUUUUUACAAUGGCUAUUAAUCCCUCUUAAAAUACAGCAUUUAACUUUCCGUUUGACUUAAGCUACAUAUUACCACAGAACAAGGCGUAUUACUAUUUAGUAGUGUGUUAAACGUAAAAAAAGCAAACAAAGAAUGCAUCUUGCCGGAACAAAACAAGUGGCUAGCUGACAUGAUGAAGCAUACGGCCAUGAAUAACUUCGGUUACGUGACCGCGUAUAUUUGUCCAUAUUACUCUCUGACAGAGAGAGUCUGUUCUAUGAAUUUGAAAGAAUAAUCUAUUAUAAUUAUGAAAGGUUUUUACAUAAAUAAAGAGUGGAUUAUUAAAAUAGCUUUUGAAGCAACGUACCAAAUUCCUAUUAAUAUGGCGUCUUCGUGCGUGUUCGGCAAUGUUCGUUUUACAACAAAGAAAUAUUGUGGAAAGACAGUUGGCAGCCGUGAAUUUCCAAACAUUACAUCCGAAAUGUUUGUAAACGUAAACAAUCGUUCUGAAAAUAACUGUGAUGUUUUAGUACAAAUAUUUCCGUUAAAAAUCUGAAGAAAAAUUACCGUAAAUGUUAACACGCGAUUGUACACAAAGUACAAAUAUGAAUUGUGAAAUAAAAGGUUGCCAUUUUGAGAUGCUUCAACAUUCACGUUUUUACUCAAGAACAAAUAUUUUAAUUUUCAACUUCAAACAAUUGUCAAUUACUGCAAUAUUAGGUGGAUUUAUGGUUUUUCCCCGUGUGAGGUAACAAAGUUUUAGUUAAUAUAAAAAAUUGUGAACGUUUUGUUAAACAAUGUUUCUACUGUAGCUUUCAGCUUGGAACUAAUGUUUGCGGUUCUGACGUCUUGGGUGCGAAAAUAAGGCGACUUCCAAUUUUUGCAUCUCUCGUUUAUGUAAAAAUGGUCGCCUUAUAUUCGGACCAAUACGGUAGUAAUAAAAGGAGGGGGGGGGGAGGAAAGUUGGCACAAGAAUGCUGCCUCACUCCAUCCUACGGUAAUAAAGUAGCAGAGAGAGCAAACAAAAAUAGAACAGGUUCAACACCAGUGCCAUAUUUCUUAUGCACUAAUAAUCUGAGACACAGAACGAAGACUUCACUUGUAUGCACGGAACCCUACUACAGACAAGUAUACGAUGUGACCCCGGUGAAGAUGUUGGAUUUUUAUGACCCAUUCUGCAGGGAAAUACAGUAAUAUGUUCCAGUGGAGCUAACUCAAUAUAUAUAAGCUACACCCAAUAAAAAAUAUAUAGAAUAUCCACACACAUUUCUUAAAACCUGUGAUUUCUAGUCUUCACGAUUGCCGCUUUUACAUUGUUUAACAAACACAAGUGUACUUGUCCUACAAGUAGAGGUGCGCAAAAUUUAAAUGUCAUGCUGUAAUUUACGUUUCAUUGAUAAUUACUGUAUUUUUAAACUUUGUUUAAUUCAUUGAAACAUUUAAAUUGUUAAAAAAUUCAAUUUGGAAUUUUUUUUUCAGAGUUUUGGGAAACCCUUUUUUUUUUUUUUUACUAAUGGCACAAUCAUCACUAGCUUGUGUGUGUCCAGAAUUAUGACUAUCAAGCUAGGAAUACAUCAUUGGUACAAAUUUAUAGUAAACUCACUUGACACUGCAGAUUUAACAUUUCCAACAUUCCUGCAAAUGCGAGAAUUUUGUCCAGUAUGAGCACUCCUAGUUGGUUUCGAUUUUUCUUCGAAGCAAGCAUUUUGUGUGUAUGUUCAUUAGAUAAUGAUUUGAUUAUAAUACAGUUUUUAUAUUUUGCAAACAUGAAGUGACAUAUGGCAUUACUUACGAAGGUUGUUUUAAUUUUGAAGCAACUAAGAUAGAACAUUGUAACUGCAAGAAUGUAUGAGUUGAGUAAUAAACAAGCUACUUGUUCAGUUUGUA